GCCAAGAUGGCUUUAAGCAAAACGUUCGGGCAGAAACCGGUAAAAUUUCAACUAGAACAGGAUGGGGAUUUUUACAUGAUCGGUUCAGAGGUCGGGAACUACCUGCGUAUGUUCCGAGGAUCCCUUUAUAAAAGGUAUCCGUCGCUUUGGAGAAGACUCGCCUCAGUCGAAGAACGGAAGAAAAUUGUAGCGUCGUCGCACGAUCAUGGUUACACAACUUUAGCCACCAGUGUGACUCUGCUGAAGGCGUCCGAAGUGGAGGAGAUCUUCGAGGGCAACGAUGAGAAGUACAAGGCUGUGUCCAUCAGUACAGAGCCCCCAGCCUACCUCAGGGAGCAGAAAGCUAAGCGGAACAGCCAGUGGGUGCCAACCCUGCCCAACAGCUCCCAUCACCUGGAUGCUGUUCCCUGCUCCACCUCCAUCAACCGCAACCGCAUGGGCCGCGACAAGAAGAGGACCUUCCCAUUAUGCUUUGAUGACCACGACCCCGCUGUGAUCCACGAGAAUGCCAGCCAGCCCGAGGUGCUGGUUCCGAUCCGCCUGGACAUGGAGAUCGACGGGCAGAAGCUCAGGGAUGCUUUCACAUGGAAUAUGAAUGAAAAGCUGAUGACCCCUGAGAUGUUUGCGGAGAUCCUGUGUGAUGACCUGGACCUGAACCCUCUGACCUUCGUCCCCGCCAUCGCCUCGGCGAUCCGGCAGCAGAUCGAGUCCUACCCGACCGACAGCAUCCUGGAUGACCAGACUGACCAGCGCGUCAUCAUCAAGCUCAACAUCCACGUGGGCAACAUCUCGCUGGUGGACCAGUUUGAGUGGGACAUGUCGGAGAAGGAGAACUCGCCGGAGACGUUCGCUCUCAAGCUGUGCUCCGAGCUGGGCCUGGGGGGCGAGUUUGUGACCACCAUCGCCUACAGCAUCCGCGGGCAGCUCAGCUGGCACCAGAGGACCUACGCCUUCAGUGAGAACCCCCUGCCCACUGUGGAGAUUGCCAUCCGAAACACAGGUGAUGCCGACCAGUGGUGCCCCCUGCUGGAGACUCUGACAGAUGCAGAGAUGGAGAAGAAAAUUCGGGACCAGGACAGGAAUACCAGGCGCAUGAGGCGACUAGCAAAUACAGCCCCGGCCUGGUAAAAAAAAAAAAAAAAAAAGAAAUAAAAAUGUAUAUAAAUGCCGGUGCCAGCAAUAAAGCUUCUAAGACCUCCAGAGGGAGUGCUCUGCAAACAUGGUGUACUGAAACAAGAGGGAAAGAGACAUUCCACUGGCCUGGCCUUCCUCACUUCACCCUGUGAAACCUCACCGUUCCUAUAACCCGCUCUCUGUUUAAACACUGAUCCAGUAUCAGCCAGACCCAAUCCCAGCUCUCCUCCUAUCUAUUUUUCUGCAGAAAGUUUAAACUGAUCCCAGUUCAGGGCUUUCUAGCAGAUGACGCAUGAUCGUGGCGAUAGACAGGCUUCCCAUGCACUGUUCACAGAUCAGUUGCCUCUUGUCAUCAACACCCAACACACCACCCAACACCAAUGGACCUCACCCUGCAAGAACACAAAGCCAGGAAGCUCUCCUGGAACAUUAACUGAUGCUCUUUGCUUUGUUUUGUCGGAUUGUUUAUUUUGUAUAGGUGCUGAGUGCACUUGUUAGAAACGCAGUUACUCUUUUUUGUUUUUUUUGUUUUUUUAAAUAAAGUCUGUACGUCAGUAUUUAUUUUGACUUCCUC